AUGGCUCCUCCUUCCGCCCUUGAAAGUCCGAUUAUUGAUGCCCGUCCAGCGGUCGGGGGCUGCAUCAAGCACGCAUCCACCGCGAACAGGCUUCCUGGCCCUCUCAACUACAUUGGGACACUGGACUCUUAUCGACACUUUGACACAACCUCGGUCAUCGGUCGAGAAUUCCCUGACCUUCAGCUUAGCGAGAUUCUCCAUGACGAUUUCAAAAUUCGUGAUCUUGCUGUUUUAGUAUCUCAACGUGGCGUGGUAUUCUUUCGCAACCAGGACCUGAACAUUGAUGAACAGAAGCUGCUUGGCCAGAAGCUCGGGGAGUUGACCGGAAAGCCUGAAAGUUCUAAGCUGCACCGUGACGCCCUAUCAAACGGCAAGCGUGGGAUCCCCGUGGACCAGAACGGGAGGUAUGAUGAUGAGGUUUCGGUCAUCUCGUCCGAAGUGGGCAAGAAGUUCUUCCAGGACAGGGUUACACUCGCGACAAAGAAAAUUGCAAGUGUUGGGUGGCACGCUGACAUCUCUUUCGAGAGGAUUCCCUCUGAUUAUGCCGUUUUGAAGAUGACUCAGCCAAACGAGGACGCAGGAGGAGACACAUUGUGGGCUUCGGCCUAUGAAGCAUACGAUCGGCUCUCGCCAGCUUUCCAAAAGUUCGCUGAGGGAUUGACUGCUACACAUUACCAGCCUGACUUCCUCCAGGUGAAGGAGAAGUUUGGCGAGGACCUCAUUGAGGACUACCGUGGUUCCCCUGAGAACACUGGGCUUGAUUUCAAAGCCGAACACCCUGUAAUUCGGACUAAUCCAGUUACUGGGUGGAAGAGUCUAUUCGGCGCCUGCCACCAGGUCAAAUUCGGUUGGUAUAACGACGUGACCCCGAGGGAAAGCGAUAUUCUCAAGCAAUAUUUCAAUCAGCUCAUCUACGAGAAUCACGAUCUGCAUGUCCGAUUUCGAUGGGGUAAGGACGACAUGGCGAUAUGGGACAAGUAA